AUGCGCCGCAAAGCUUCAUGGAUGGGCCUGGAGAGGGUCCAUCAUUGUGCACAGGAUGCGGGAUAUAUCUCACGACCAGAUGUCUGGCGUCUACUGCUCCUAUUGCCCAUUGAAGAAGACGAAUUGGCGUAUGGGUGUGGGCCCCAAACACCGUGGGAGCCAUGCGAUGUUUCUCGAGCGAGGGAUUGUGUGCUGCGCGUGACUGCGCAUCUGAAGUGUCCUCGACAUGGAUAUAGCUAUGACCAUUGGAACUGGGACUUAGAUAAUGGUAUCACUGUGCAAGAUUAUGGGUUCUCUAGGUCAGGGAUCUUUCGGACACUGCUUUCUCGCAAGUCUUCUGACAUUUCGAAUGUCAACACUGAGUCUUAUUCAUUUGCGAAAAGAGAGCUCGGUACUCAUCGAGAAGCUUCAGAACAAGCCUCAAUGGAAAUGUUUCGCUGGUUCGUACUUGGUAGUGAAGGCGUCCCUCCUGAGAAGAUUUACCAAGAUGAGUGGUUUCGUGGAUUGUGGAAUGAUGAAGCCUAUUCUGACGAGGGAACUCAUGAGGUUCAGCGAGACUCGGAGCCCAAGAGUCCUGAUAGAGUUGAAAGUUGGCUUCAUAUUGUCGACUUGACUUGA